AUGGCCAACACUGAGAACGAGGUGGAGUUGUUCCGUGGGAACUCGACGUGUACGAGGAUGCUGUCGGCCUUCGCGAAGAUUGAUGGGUAUACGUACCUCAGGAGCUUGAUCGUGCCGCUCGUCAAGACAAUGGAGAGUCUUCCGCCGGGGCAGAGUUAUGUGCUCGACCCGACGCUCGUACCGGCCGACCAACGCGAGCAGAACCAACGUAACGUCGAGGUCGUCGCUACGGGCUUCCUCAACAUCAUCACGGCCUCCGUGCCCGCUAUACCCUCCAUGCUCCGCGAGGUGUGCGCGCACAUCGGCAAGGCGAUCAUGCGGUACUGGCCCGAAGCCAAGUUCGCCGCGCUCGGCGCGUUCAUCUUCCUGCGGUUCAUCUCGCCGGCCGUCGUCAGUCCCGCUGUGGUCGACGUUGAGCUGCCGAAGGAGAACGCGGAGACGAUCAGGAAGGGCCUGAUGAUCGUCGCGAAGAUCAUACAGAAUCUGGAGAACAAUAUUUUCUUUGGGAAGGAGGCGCAUAUGGCUUCGCUGAAUGAUUUCUUGCAUGCGAAUAUCAUUCAUGUUACGAAGUAUCUCAGCGAGCUCUCGAGAUACGUCCCUGCGCCGGGCGAGGAGGAGGAAGCGUGGACGGGGGCACCGCACGAUGAUACGGACACGAUCGUCUUGCACCGCUUCUUCGACAAGCACGCGGAUAAGGUCGGCAAGGAGCUGCUCUCUGUGCACAAGGCUCCAGCCGAAGGUGGCGAGCGCGGCGGUUGCCGCGCCCAACACGCCGACUUCCGCGAUCUGAUGAGCCGCUACGCCCGCCGGAGCACAGCGAGCGUACGCGAUCUCUUCGUCGAGACGUACACACCCAAGACCGAGGCCGCCGUCUUCGUGCUGUUCCUAUGCAAGUUCGACGUCGAGACGCUGGACAUCGAUCUGCUGCUGUACCACGUCUUCAGCAAGCUCACUCAGCCGGAGUUCGCGUACAGGCAGUUCUGCAUGAUAUACGAUUGGACAGGGUUCGGACAGGGAAGCCAGUUGCCGAUGCAGUGGAUCAAGUAUAUUAUGGAGAUGGUUUCCUCCGACAUUCGGUCGCGGUUCAAGACGUCGUAUCAUCUCAACAUCAACGCGUCGGCGUAUGCGUACCUGAAGCGCAUACAUAAUGUCACCGCGGGUGCGACGCUGGCGAGGAGUGCGCGCGCGUGCUCGAAUAUCGAGGAGCUACUCAAGAUGGAGGUCGCAGAGCAUUUCUGCGGGAUCCUGAUGAGGCAUCACCAUGCUGUUCGUGUCCCCGUCGCGCUCGAGGUCGGCACGAGUCAUCUGUGGGUGCUCGCGGACAAGGCGCUCCCCGUUGGGCCGAGCCUGGCGUGCAAGCCUGUGGAGAUCAUACCGUUUGCUGAGAUCAGCGACGUGUACAAUGUCAGCUCGGCGGCGCACGAUCUCGGGGAGUUUAUCAUUCGGAAGACGAGGCAGGCGGCUACGCUGUACUUUUCGACGCCGGCGAGGGAUCAGAUCGUCAAGAGCAUCCGCACUGCAAAAGGACGCAUGCGGAGUACAAGCCUGCCUGGCACCGAGCGGUUCUCGCGUCUCAGGAACGUCAGCGCUGCUUUGCUGCACAUUUCGUUCCUCAACCUCGGCGCGGACAGCAGCGAACUUCGCGGCGCGUCGUACGAGCUACUCGCAUCCGUCAUCUCUUCCUUCGACUUGGACACCAACCCGAUGCUCUCUACCAAAGGGCUGUUCCCACUCGGCGGCUCGACGGCAACGGCGAUCACGCCCAUUCUCAGCGAGAAGAUCGCGGGCGGUGUUCCGCACCUUACGCUUGACUUCGUGUCUGAGGUGUGCAGCACGCUUAACAAGUCUGAGCCGGCAACGCGUAUGCACUGCAUGGCGUACAUGGCGCCGUGGUUGAGGAACCUCUCGCUCUUCGUAGACCCGACGAGCGCUUGUUAUGACGGCUCCGGCGCUAAACUACGCGACUGCGUGCGACUGCUUAUCGAGCUCACUCUCGCGGACCCGGCCCAGAUCAUGGCCAUCCAGAAGACCGGACGACUCGACAGUCUCUUUUCCAGCCACUGCGGGGAUCCCGCGCAACACCAGCGUGGCCCGGAGGACCAUGUGAAGGCGACCGUGGCCAUGCGAAGCCGGCCCACUUCACUUCCGGCCCGACUGCGGCACCCCAGCACCUCAGUUUGGCCUGCGCCUUUUGCCUUCGUCAUCGUGCAUGGCCCUCACCGCAUCGCGCUCUCAGAAUUGUUCAGCAAGACUUCCGCACUCGUCCAUCCCGGUUCAACGAUCAAUCGUGCGAGCUCCCCGGCUUAA